GGAAAAGAGAAGUUUAAAAAGAAAAAGCCAAAGGAUAAAUAUAGGGGAGGAGAGAGAAGUAAAAUGUGGUUUUCAAAGACAACACUAUCAAGGGACCUUACUCCGGCCGUCCCCGUCAUCGUCUCCGACCUCUAAUCGGUUCAACCUCCGCCACGCGGUGUGUCCGCCGCCCGAUCCCUUCCCCGAUGUGAGAAUUGAAAUGAAAUAAUACGGAGUGUAUAAAAUGGAUGUGAAAAGACGGUUGCCACAAUGGAUGCAUUGUAUGCCUGCCGCGGAUCAUGAAAAGAAGAAAUCCAGAACCCGAGAUUCCAGUAAUGGUGAAGAAGAAGAUGAAGCUGAGGUUAAGAAGAAUUUCAAACCGGAAGACGGAAAUGAUGGCCGGGUGAAGAAGAAACCAAGAAUUAAAGAUUCAACCAAUGGCAGUGAAAAUUCAGAGGGAUUGAAGAAGAAAACCAAAACUAGAUACGCAAAGUACGGCGAAAAUAUCGAUAGAAAAGCAGUAAAGAAGGGAAUCAAAAGUGAAGAUGUGAAAACAGAAAAGCUGGAGAAAGACAAGUUCAGAACACAGAAAAGCAGGGAUGAUGAGAAGGAUUUGAAGCAGGAAGUAGAUGAAGGAACACAGAAAAGCUGGAGAAAGACAAGUUUAGAAGAUUACGAUGCUUACUUAGAGACAAAAAAGCAUUUCGGAGCAUCAAAAAAUAUUGAUGAAUCCGAGCCUCCUCCCGUUAGAAUACACGGAACAAAAGCAAAGCACUCUGUGAUUGAGAUCACUGAUAAAAAUAAAAGAUUGCCACAAACACAAGAUGAUGAGUAUUCCAAUGGAGAUGAAGAUCUUACCGUUGAUGAUUUGUUGACCAUCGCUAGAGAGUUAACCGGGAACGAAGAAGCAUGCGAGGCUCUUCCUCCUAAACCGAAAACCAUUCCGUGUCUUCUUGGUAAAGAUAUGAUGGACUUGCUUUUGCCCCCUCCAUCGUCAAAGAUUACUCGAUGAGAGGAAGACGUUAGAGAUAACAUCGAGUUCACUAAUGACCAUGACCUUAAAAAAAGAGAGGCAGUCUCAAAGACAAUGAUGUACUAACUGUUUUUCUUCUGCUCAUGUAGUUUUUUCAUAUACUAAAGUUUGGUUAACCAUAGGAAUAAAUUUCAUCCCUAGCUUAUAAGGCCAUGUUCGGGAGCUGGGUUUCUGGUGUUUUGGUGUGUUUUGGCCGGUUUGGAAGGGGACGCAUUCUUGUUUUUAGUGAAAUUUGUACUAAAUAGUACUAAAACAUAUGUCAUUUUCUAAUGUAAUACUUGAAUUUUUUUAUUCUCUAAAUAGUACUUGAAUAAUGUCUAGUGGUGGAAAUUAUAUCCAAUGGCGUUACUAGAACACUGACCAAUGGAUAAUGACUAGUGGUACUACAUUGAGAAAUUAAAAACAUAUGGUACUACAUUAGAAAAGUCAUUAUGUUUUAGGGGCUGUUUGGCAACUUCUGAAUGGGUAAGUGCUGAACCAUUUAGAGGUCUGAAUCAUUAAGUGCUGAACCAGUAAGAGGUCUGAACCAUUAAGAGCUAGUAUAUUGCUUAACUAUUCAGAGGCAAAUGUCUGAUCAAUUCAGAUAACAGCUCUUAACCAUUCAGACUCUGUAUAAUACUUAACCAUUCAGAGGCAAAUCUCUUAACCAUUCAGACAUCUGAAGCAUUAAGAGGCUGAAACAAAUAGUCUGAACCAUUAAGUGCUGAAUCAUUCUCUGAACCAUUAAGAGGCUGAAACAAACAGACCCUUAAUAUCAUUUAGGUAAAUUUCCCUUGUUUUUAUUUGUUCGAAAUUAGUUCACUUAUCAUAUUCAAUUAAGAAAUAGUAGUACUAGGGUAUGAAAAUUGUCUAAAAUUUUAUAUGAGCACUUUAUAUGAAUUAGUUACAAACUCAUUUGAAUCACUUAUUUCAUAUUUCGUAGGGAGUAUUUUAAAUUCAUUUCUUAAAAAUAAUUUUUUGCUAGAGAGUGGUCAAUUAAAUGUGGAAAAAGGAAGUUUACAUGGCUUAGAUGUCAUACCGGGCGAGAUCUAUAUCUCUACGGUCGGGGGACAUGUUCGCAACAAUUGUAUUCAUGGUAUCAGAGAUCUUGCUCGGAGCAUACCACAAAUGAAUGCGAGUCGGGCAAGGCGUGCUAGCACAAGUUUGAUGUGGGAUCCUCGAGAAAUAUGAUGAGAUCUAGACGUUGAGGGAAGGGUUAGAAAAAGUGAAAGCCCUUCAAGCACGUGAACUCUAGUUGAUUAGAAGAUAUUAUUUGACUAUAUGGAUAUGUCUUACCACCGAGAGAUGGUGAUGGUAGUGGAGGCGGGGGGCAGGAUUUGCAGAACCGU